AUAAGGACAGUUUGGUCUUUUUCCAGGUAAGCAAUGGAAUCUCUUUCACAGAUGCAUCUUCUCCCGUAUGGAUAAACCAACGCUUCUCAUCUUCUCUACUCUCUUAGGGUUCUCUAAUCCACUACCUGCUGUCAAUUACUUCGAACAAUCUGAAUAUCUCACCAUACUCCAUAGUAACAGAUACCUAGCUUCUAUUUUAUCCCCAUUUUUAUUUAAUUUUCAUUAAGAUUAUAUAAAUUUCAAAUUAAUCGCUAUUGCUUUCACACAAUUAUUACCAGAACUCCAAUUCAAAUUUUGAUACUUUAGGGCUGUACCCAUUAUAAUUGAAACCUAAAAAUGCCACUUUUAGCCCCCUCAUCAUCUGCAACCCCUUUGUGUUUUUCUCCUUGGAGCUUUUACAAUUCAAGUUCCCUACAAAUGUUUUCAUGUAAUUCCUUCACCCCUUUUCGACAUAGAACAAUUCCCCUUUGUAAAACAAGACAUAUAGGUGCUCAAUUUAAAAAUGAACCAAAUGUGUUACACAAGUAUGCAUCAAGAUGCAAGAGGAAUGAUCGUGAUCUUGAUUCAAACACCGAAGAAGGCACAAUGUUCUUGGAUUGGCAUGAUGAUGAAGAAGAAAUUGAAGAUAUAGGGUCACCGUGGGAAGGAGCGGUUAUAUACCAGAGAAAUGCUUCAAUCUUACAUUUGGAAUACUGCACUACUUUGGAGAGAUUAGGUCUAGGAAAUCUUUCAACUGAUAUUUCGAAAAAUAAGGCGUCUGUAAUGGGAUUGCGAUUUACGAAAGCAGCGGAGGAGUAUCCGAAUGGAACUCCUGUUCAGAUAUCUAUUGAUGUGACCAGGAAGAAGAAUAAAUUGAGGCUUGAUGGAAUCAUAAAAACUGUCAUCACACUUAUGUGUAAUAGGUGUUGCAUGCCAUCUGCUGAGUGCAUAUUCUCUGAGUUCUCUCUUUUACUCACUGAAGAACCACCUAUUGAUGAACCAGAGACUAUUGAUUUGGGGGUUAUUUUUGGGGAGGACAAAAUCUCUACCGUUGGAAAAAGUAGCGAUGACGAUGAAGAUGCACCAAUCGAUUUGGACGAUCAACUAUAUUUUCCUCCUGAAGAGAAACAAAUUGACAUUUCAAAAAACAUAAGAGACAGGGUGCAUCUUGAGAUUACCAUGAAUUCAGUGUGUGAUUCUGGGUGCAAAGGUAUGUGCCUGAAAUGUGGUCAAAACUUCAACAUUGGCAAUUGCAGCUGUAGCAAAGAGGAAGUAAAAGAAGAAAACUUUGGCCCGCUUGGAAAUUUAAGAGAGCAGAUGCAAUUGAAACAUUUAUGAGGUUCAUGCUUAGGAUUUUCUAUCUUUGGAAUUCAUUUGUAUUGCUUAGUUCGUUAUAAGCAAGUCAAGCCUGUUGAGUACUAGAAGGGUGAUUUCAGUGUUCAUAUUUCAUCAAUUUACUUAAUAGGAAAUAACUACAUUGUGGAUCCUUCCCUCUCCUCUGUCAUUUACUUUAGAUGAGUUGUUAAAAAUAUUUUCACUAUUCAGCAAUUAGUUGAAUUGUUAAAAAAUGGUUAGGAGGAAUUAACAAUGAUA